AUGCAGUCUGUUUGUCCAAAGGCAGCUGUUUUUUUCCUGUUUAAUGAGUAUCAGGAUGUCAACAACAACCGGAUUAGUGCUGCUGCAGCAGUCUUCAUAGACAGUUGGCAGAGUGUACCAGUGAAUACAUCCAUCCACUGCAUUGAAAUCAAUCUGCCCUAAGAAAAGCCUUUCAGUAGGUGUGAAUUGCUGGCAGGAAUCAUGGGGAACCAGCUGACUGAUAUCGCUCCCAACACACCGUUCCUGCCAAACUUCCACUCUCUGCACGUGGUGGUUAUCGGGCUCGACUCAGCUGGCAAAACCUCUCUGCUCUAUAGGCUGAAACUGAAGGAGUUUGUGAACACGAUCCCCACCAAGGGCUUCAACACAGAGAAGAUUAAAGUAGCUGUGGGGGCUUCUCGGUCGAUAGCCUUCCAGGUGUGGGAUGUUGGCGGUCAGGAGAAGCUGCGUCCUCUGUGGAAAUCUUACACCCGCAGGACAGACGGGAUGGUGUUUGUGGUGGACUCCACUGAGCUAGAGCGUAUGGAAGAAGCCAAAGUGGAGCUCCAUAAGAUCACCCGCACCUCAGAGAACCAGGGCGUCCCAGUGUUGAUCCUGGCCAACAAACAGGACCUGGAUUCGGCUUUGUCUGUCACCGAGGUGGAGAAGCUGCUCUCCGUUCACGAACUGAGCAUGUACACGCUGCAUCACGUGCAGAGCUGCAGCGCCGUGGAUGGUCAGGGAGUCCAACCGGGUCUGGAGAAACUUUACGAGAUGAUCUUAAAGAGGAAGAAGAUGGUGAAACACAACAAAAACAGGAGAAGAUGA